GUGUGCCUGUGCGCCCGUGUGCCGACUCUUGUGCCGCGCUAGCCUCUCUACCCAGUCUACCGUGGCGGGAUGUUACAUCCAUCUUGGAUUUAGCACCUCGUUUCCUGGGCAGCGCAGCGCAGCGCCAGGCCGUGCACCGUGUUCCAGCAGCGAAUGAGUGGUGAGUGGUCAGUAGAACGCACGCACGGCGUCAAGUAGAGGAGAGCCGCCCCGCAGCAGCAGACACGAGCCGCCGCCGCAAGCCGAAAACCGCACCGCCGCAGAAGGGCGCCGAGUGUGUGCGUGAGCUCCGCGAGCACGUCGGCAUGAAAGAGUGAAAUCCUAUGAGCAAAUAAGGAUCGGCGUUCAAGGACUGGUGCGUGGGCCCUCGCUUGCUCGUUUGCGCUUCGCCGAGCUGGCGACGAUGGCGGUACCGAGUCGGUCGCGCGUCUACACGGACGUUAACUCGCUGAAACCGCGAGAAUACUGGGAUUACGAGAGUUAUGUGGUCGACUGGGGCCAGCAGGACAACUACCAGCUGGUGCGUAAGCUCGGCCGUGGUAAAUACAGUGAGGUCUUCGAGGCGAUCAACGUCACGAACAACGAGAAGUGCGUCGUGAAGAUCCUCAAGCCAGUCAAGAAGAAGAAGAUAAAGCGUGAGAUAAAAAUUCUGGAAAAUCUGCGCGGCGGCACCAACAUCAUCACGCUGCAGGCCGUGGUGAAGGACCCAGUGUCGCGCACGCCGGCGCUCAUCUUCGAGCACGUCAACAAUACCGAUUUCAAGCAGCUUUACCAGACGCUUACCGAUUACGACAUACGCUACUACCUGUUCGAGCUGCUGAAGGCGCUCGACUACUGCCACAGUCAGGGCAUCAUGCAUCGCGACGUCAAGCCACACAAUGUGAUGAUCGACCACGAGAAUCGCAAGCUACGAUUGAUCGACUGGGGCUUGGCGGAGUUCUACCAUCCGGGGCAGGAGUACAACGUGCGCGUCGCAUCGCGAUACUUCAAGGGGCCGGAGCUGCUCGUCGACUAUCAGAUGUACGACUACUCGCUGGACAUGUGGUCGCUGGGAUGCAUGCUGGCGUCGAUGAUAUUCCGCAAGGAGCCCUUCUUUCACGGCCACGACAAUUACGACCAGCUGGUGCGCAUCGCCAAAGUGCUAGGCACCGAGGAACUCUUCGAGUAUCUCGAGAAGUAUCACAUUGAGCUGGACCCACGCUUUAAUGACAUCCUAGGAAGGCAUUCGCGUAAGAGAUGGGAGCGAUUCGUGCACAGCGAAAACCAGCAUCUAGUGUCGGCGGAGGCGCUCGACUUUCUCGACAAGCUGCUGCGCUACGACCACCUCGAGCGGCUGACGGCGCGCGACGCCAUGGAGCACUCGUACUUCUACCCCGUGGUUAAAGAGCAAUGCCGGAUGAUAGCGAACGUGAAUCCAUCUCCUACUCCACUAGCAGGCGCAAUGUCUGUUGUAGGAGUAGAUGAGAUGACGGCGUCGCCGCCGCUCGGCUCGCCUGCCGCCGAUGAGUCGUCGCCGAAGCAGCUGGCCGCGAUGCGUCGCACCUCGGCGUACCUCACCAACCUGGACUCGUCGACGACGCCUACGCCGACCUAAGGCGUGGUGGCGGCUCCGCCUCUCCCAGACUAAACAAACUCCCACAUCCCGACAGUCACGCCCUCCAUGACAAAGGGAGGACUAAAUGAAUUCUUUGGUUGCGAAACAUCCUCGGUGUAAGAUGCACGCGUCGCGUGGGUGUAAGCGUGAGCGUGCGCGCUGUAAUUUUGUAUAUAUUCAAAAGAAAACGAAGAUACUGAUGAUGUUAGUCCAAAUAUUACACACAUAACACUAAUAACGAUGAAAACUAUAAGUAAAUAAUAAGUAACGCUAAGCAAACAAAACAUUGUUUCAAGGUAAGAUAUACAUAUUAUACAUACAAUAUAAAUACAUAUUAAUAAGUACAAA